AUGGAUGGAACCUCGGUGUCUGUAUACCUAAAGCACCCAGAAGCAGACAAGUAUGGGAAGCGCAGUGGUGGGAAAAAGUCAGCAACAACUCUUACAGCUGAGGUGACAGCACUUUAUGUGGAGAAAAACUUACCUGCUUGUCGAGCAGCAGAGAAUGUCAUUGUUAUCGACCCAAACAAGCAUGACAUUCUCUACUGCCAAGACGGCAAUGGUACGUUUCGCUACACUGCCAACCAGCGAGCCAUGGAGACCGGAAGCCGUCGAUUUGCAAAAGAACGGCAGCAGAUGAAAGCCGGCGGUAUUGACCUCAUAGAAUCACGAAUACCAUCUCACAAGACGAUGAACCUCAUGGACUUUACUCGCUAUCUCCUCGUUCGCCGUGCCGACUGGAACUGCCGCAAGGACUUCUAUUUGCAUCCUGCCCACAUGCGGUGGAAGUGGCAUGCAUUUAUAAACCGUCAGAAGAGUGAAUCAGACCUCAUAAGCAACAUGCGCAACAAGUUUGGGAACUUUACCAUUGUGAUGGGUGAUUGGAGUGAUGCCGGUCGAACUGCGAGAUUUCAGACCUCAUCAAAGAUGAAAGGUUGGCGCACCCUCUUUAAGUGGAACAGGAUCAACUGCUUUCUUCUCGACGAAUACAAGACCUCAUCUGUUUGCCCUCGCUGUUCCUCAUCUGAGUUUGUCGAGAAAGGCUUCAAAGAAUGA